AAACGGAAUAACAAGUGUUUUUUGAUUUUUACUUUUUAGGAGCAUAGAGUGUUACGAUUACUACCAAUUCGCCAAUACAAAGUCAGUCUCAUGCCCCUCAAGCACUAGCAAUGAGUCAUCAAGGCAUUACAUUGUUACCCGUCGGCAACUGACUAGGGCGCACCUCUGACAGUCUCUGCCAGCGCACAAAAAGAUAAGAUGAGUAGGAGCAGACUUUGAGGAACGACUACCGGGGAUAAGAACACUAUACUACACCGUAUCAUUGCAACAGAAAGGGCGAAUCGGCAAAGCAACAGCAUGGGUACAGUUUCUUACGGUGAACCAGAAUUGCGAAAUGCGUUCGAUCGAUUUUCGCUUUGGAUUUUAUCACAAUACUUGUCCACCAAGAACAGUGUGAAGCUAGUAUCGGGUGCAAAGAUACAGGAAAAGCUAAGGAAUCAUCUUGUUGCGCUUAUCGUGAGUGAAGCUGGUGUCGCAACGGAGCUUCAUCUACUGGAACAUCAUCUUACCAAGCGGCAAUAUGAGCAAGCCUCCUCGAGGAUACUCUCGGAUGAUGAUAAUGCCUACACAUCUUGUGCCUAUUUCGAUCUCAAACCACCCACGACUGUGCAUUGCUAUGUGAGCAUUGGAGGAGAGUUCGUGAUUCCGGAUAAGCCAGUGAUGAAAAGUGUUGCAAUAGAUCUGGCCUUUCUGCAGCUUAUUCCAUCAAACGUUCGCUCGGUCAUCAGCAGUAUCCGAGAGUUGCCGGAUACGAAGACAAAGUGCGCCUACGAUAGAAUGUUUUCCAAUGGAAAAACACUACGCCAACAGCUACAGGAUGCCAUCGGGUUACAAAAGUAUACUACCGGAAAUGCAACUCCGGAAUCACGGCUCUAUUUCAUUGAAGCACUACCAACUUGUGGGAUACAGCUGGAUGCACUUGCUGCAGCAUUUGCCACCGACGAAAGCGCGUCCGCUCCCCUAGGAUUGCUCAUUGUCCGGCAAGGAUCGCUGGAAGGUAUUAACAGAUACAUCAAGAAAAACUGCGUCGAACGUGAAGAAGAUGUAACAUCGAGUACCUGGGUGCUCAUAAGCGACGUGGUUCCGUUUGAAGCCCCCUUUCCGACGCACGCUACCGUACACGAGGUUGCGUAUUUGCAGGAUUAUGGGUUGGUUUUCUGGCUGCGAAGCAAAGGGGAUCGAAAAACGGCGAUCCUACAGCAUUUCACAGUCGGUCCACUCCGCGAGCUAGACGUUGUACCGCCAGCGAACGGCUGGUUCAAUGUACUCACUGCAAACGAAACUAGCGGGUGCACUACAUACCUACGAAGUCUCCAGAGCACCUCUCAACGAACCGAUUUCUUCCGUGCGAUUGCGCAUUGGGAUGCUAGCGAGGCAAUCGAUCUUCUGCUACAACGAACGAAUGCACAUGCCGAGAAGGAUCAUUUUGAUGAUAAAUUAUGCGCCCUAUUCGGUGCUACUGCCGAAGAUGAACGGUUCGCGGUACGAAAUGGUCAAUUGCUGCUGCUCAUAGAUCAUGCUACAGAGGAUUGCUGCUCGCGCGCCAUGAUAGAGUCAUUGAUCAAGUGGUUAAAUAUUGUCGAUCACGCCACUAGCCGCCGUUUGACCGUAUGGAUCGUAGGAGACGAUCAGCUUUGGGAAGCAAUCGUAACACACUCUAACCAUACGCCUAUACGGCACUCAAUGCCUUCACUAAAUGAACAAGAACAGCGCGAAUGCUUAUCGACGCUGCUACAAACGGAGUGCAUCACCGAUGUAGAUUCGAUGCUAAGAUAUGCUACCGAAAGCAACUGCAGACAGUAUGGUGAAAGGCUACGGGGAAACGUGUUCUUCCUCGCUGCACUUGCAGAAGCAUUCGAACACACUAAGAGCCUACAACCUGCGUCCUGUUCUUGGAUCGAGCUCAUGGAACGUUUCAUUUGGAACCACCUAGCAGCAGCAGCCGACAGCGAGCGAUUGAUUGACCUCGAGAAACAAUGUUUUAGAAAGGUUGCUGGUAACAUUGACCGAACUAGCCCAAUUGACGUUGAUAGGAGAUUUUAUAAGCACCAGACACUCCUUCAAUUUUUAGCCACAUGCUAUCUAUACCGUCAUCCGGAAAAGAUCGACGUGGUAGCGUAUCAUGCGGUAGAUAAAGAUAUGUUCGAUCAGCUCCUCUUCCGCCAUAGUGCGCUAGCCCUCGCAGUACUUCGUCAAGAUAUAGAGCAGGUUCGCAAUAUGGUGGAUCAAGGAUUCCCCGAUUCCCUGCUUUCGCACACCGAUCAUCUUCAGCGCAAUCUAUUACACAUCAUACGGGAGUCGGUAGAAAUAGCCGAUUUGCUGCUGAAUACCAAUGCGUUUGAACUGGAACAACGCUGUCCACAGCUGAACAAUUGGACACCGCUAGAAAUGAUGGAUGAUCGAGAGGAUUGGCCAAUCGUCGACCGAUUUCUAGCCAAGGGAGCAUCAGUCAGUGCGACAAAUACUCUCAAACUGCAGACAAUGCCACCAUCACGAUUGAGCGAAGUGUUCAACGUCUGCAUUAGUAACAACUGUGUAGCGCUCAUGGAGUGGAUUUUGCAGAAUCGACCCGACUACCAGAUCAGCCAGUAUGAUUUGUAUUGUCUCUCGGUGUAUCAGGAGUUCGAUCGCAAUCUAACCAUGCGGUUGCUGACACUGGCCAAGGAGCAGCGUUUGCCGGAACGCGAACCAAUACCCUACCGGUUCAUCUGGGACAACUCUGCACUCGAUAAUGCUGUGGGCGAUUGGCGAUACGAACUGGCAGCCUAUCUGGUAGAACAUCUUGCUUUCGAACCGACCGAGGAGUUCCGCAGACUAGAAGCAGCCACCUCGGCCGAGAUGAAAGGCGAAGAGGCCUAUGAACUGCUCAACCAACUUUACGAUCGAGGCUUGCUAUGCGAAAUGUAUCGUUUAAUUGAAGAAAAACAGCUUGAUUCAACCAACCUCUUCAUUCGAGUCGCCUCUAGGGGUGAUCUGGCUGUAGUUCAAACUCUUUUUGAAAAUUUCGGGCUCGCCAAACGGCUUUUAGACGACGAGAACGAUCAUGGCCAGCGUGCUCUCGUCGAAGCGCAGCAAAACGACCACCAGGAGGUUGUUAGAUACUUGAAAGAAGUUUGUGGAGUUAUUCUGGACGCUACGGAAGAGCGCAAUCAUCAAUUAGAUGCUGCUGCGGAAGAUUUCGAAUCCAUCAUGGCUUUAGGUCUAGAAGAACUCAGGCAAUGCAGAAACGAUUAUACUCAGCGAUUCGAAUAUGGUGAGUCCUUUUUGCACUAUUACAUCCGGAACAAUGAUGCACCGGAUGAGGCCGUAUUCCGUUAUCUUCUUUCUCGGUAUGAUACCGUUGACAUUCGGUGCCAAGGUGAAACGGUAUUGCAUACCGCGCUGCUAUGUGGUAAUGAGCUGUGCGUUCGACUUCUCAUCGAGCAAGGUUCCGAUGUAUACGCAACAAAAGAAAAAGAGCAGCUUACUUCGUUACAUUUCGCUGCUAUGAGCGGUAAGCAGCCGCUGAUUGAUCAAUUGAUCGUGCGCUAUGGUUUCGACGUGAAUGUCCGCGAUCAGAAGGGGAGAACCAUCGCUUUCUAUCUACCGACAUGUCAUCGACUCUUUCGGCAUCUGAUCGAUCGUCACAAGCUGGAUGUGUUCCGGUCCGAUUACGAGGGGUUUACGAUGUUACACGAUUCGGUGCUAAGCGAUAGCUACUUUGCAAUGUUGAAAGUGGAGUUUGUGCUACGGGAACUGCGGUUUCCCCAAACACUCACCGAUUCGAAUGGACGAUUAGCAUUACACUGUGCCGUUCAAAAGGGUUCGCCUUCGAUGGUCGCGUUGCUACUGAAAUACCGAUCGGACCUUUUCCACGUGCCAGACAACGAUGGAAUGUCAGCCAUGCAACUAGCUCAAUCGAUGAAUCUGCAGCACGUGACGCGAUUGUUUCAAAGUCUGCAAAGCCUGUAAAUACCACGCCCCAAAAAUAUGACGACUACGAGAUGAAUU